AUGGCGAAAAUUUACAAAGAUUCAAGGGUCGACCUUCGGCCAUACGCGCCUACCACGGUCGCCAACAUUCAAAUCCCAACACAAGACAGCCUGAUCCGUCGCCCACGCUUCUCGAUCUCAUCCGCCGACCAGGAACUCCCAAUCGCCAAAGACGAAGACGAAUUCGCGAGACGCUACUUGGCGACGCAAGGAGAUGUAUACUUUCGCAAGCGCAGGGUCUAUCCGCGGACCUUCCUGUGGAGAGUCAUCAACGACAACAAAGUCCUCGAGAUCCAGUGCGCAGACCUGACGAAGGGUGGCACCGAGGUUUACGAAUACAACGUGACUCUGCGAUUGGAUUUCCAGGAGGCAAUCCUUCCAUUUGGCGUCGAGCUUUCCGAUUCCGAAGACCACGAGAUCAUCAACGUCUUUGUGAUCACCGCCUCCAAGCACCUUCACACCCUGUCUCUACGCCCUGAAUUCUUCCGCCGAACCUCCUCCAUCGAUGAAAACGUGAGGGACUGGUGCAAAACUUGCGUUCCUGCUCCUUUGGCCUUCUCGAACCCGCACCGACUGCAUGCUAGCAGUCCUCUGGAGUUAUUCAUCUCUCUUGACAACGGCUCUUUGCUGCGAUUGACCCGCAGAGCCGGCGAUGAUGGCUCCCACUGGUCUCCUCUUACCUUUGAUGAAAGAACAUGGGGUUCUUCGAUUCGUGGCCUCGUUAAAUGGAACGCACCCUCCUCCAUCCGACACGACGGACGCAACCUCGAUUUGAAUGUCGCGAAUGCGAUCGCGACCACCUCCGACGAAACCUACGUAUUCGCGAUCUGUUUGAACCAUACCCUCAAGAUCUGGAAUCUUGCAACGAACAAGCUUGCGGCGACAAAGGAUCUUCUCGGACGCCAGCUCCAGGAUCCGGAUCUUGCUCCGUACACACUCAACCCCGCCGAGUCGUCAUUCAUGCGCGUUUUCAACGCCGAGCGAGCCAUGGAUGGCGGACACCGCUUCUACGCCGUCACAUAUUCGCCGUUCGAGGAUGGCAAGUUCAAAUUCUGGGCUGUGAAGGGUGGUCUCACGUCGGAGCUUGUGAUUGAGGAACUAUUCGCGGAUGCUACUUUCCGACCCGUGGACCCGGAUGCGACUGGCAACAUGUUCUGGAGCAUCGCUGAUUUCCAGGUGAAAUCUCGGGAAGAAGGCAAGGGCAUGGAGAUGUGGGUGCUUUGGAGAAACCACGGUCUUUACCAACUCUACACUUUGCACUUUGAUCUGCAGACUCUGGUGUCCGAUUGGGACAGCAAGUGGGUUUCAACGACAUUCGAAACGCAUCGCCAUGAGCAACCGCCUACUCUACUCGUGGAUGAUGUUGUUGAUCCGACCGAAAAGUGGCUCAAGUACCUGUUGCAGCCGAACAGAUAUCUGCCCGAGGUUUUGGAGACCGCUUUGGCUGUUUAUCAAGAAGCUCUCAAGCCGCUUUCCUCUGCUUCAUCCGGUGGGCUGAAGAAGAGCGUGCCUUUGGCGGAGCGCCUAUGCUCCACGAUAGCAUCUGCAGUCUCUCUUCGCAAAUUUGCCGAUGAUGAGAUGGAUUAUGAUCGCUUCACAUCUGACACAGACUCGAAGUGGCGCCAGUUCUGGCAGGUCGUGGAAGACCUGAACAAGCGUCGAUUUGAGCCCGUUUCCUUGGCUUACGAUUCUUAUACCGACAUGCCUUGGCUUCUUCUCACUGACGCAUGUGCGGUGGUGCGGGAAUGCAGUAUCACCGAGCUUUUGUUGCACAAUUCUGAGACCGAGCUUAAUGAGGGUGUGCCGCUCAUGAUGGAUCGUUGGCGACACAGAAAUGUCCCUCGAGAGAUCGGCCCGGGCUCCCAGACUGCAUCCCUCUUACUGAAGGCGGCAGCUGACUUCCGCAAGAAGUUCUCUCCUCAGCUUGAUGGGGCGUGCAGGGCUGCCCUCCAGACUGAAAUCUUCUCUGAGCCUUCUUCGUCCAUUUUGGACCGGAUGGACAGUUUCCGAGAGCGUUGCGACUUCACAAAUCAGGUCUCCAACAAGACAUUUGAUAACUUGGACGCUGCCUUGAGCGAAUACAUGAACACGGAUUGCCUACCCAUGGAUGCAUUCCUUUCUAUUAUCACCACCGCCUCCCUUCACUUCUGCGGAGAGGACUCUGAGCUGUCCUCGACAUCUUUCGGUGCAAGAGUUCUUGUCAGUGGUGCACAGGAAACAAUUUUUAUCAUGCGCCAAAUCUUCUUCGAUUUGCUCAUUCUGGUUACCUUCCUAGACGGUGAGGUGGAGCAAUCCAAAGAGUCCGAUUUCAACGCCCCCGUCCUCUUCUCCUCUCUUGUCGAUCUUUUGCGUGAAUACGAGAUGAUGUCUUGGCUCAGCUCUAAUGUCCGCAAGUGUCCCGGCAGCCCUGCAGGUUUACACGAGUCAUCAACGUCGAGACAACUCAAGGACGGCUCGAAUGGCAAGAAUCAACGGACUGCAAGCAUUCUUGAGGACCUUUUCGUGACCGAUAUCAAGCCACAGCAAGCCAUUGACUCACCACAAACAUACACCCUGACUCUGGGUAUCAGAGAUGUCGUGGCUUGGAUUACCCGCGAAGGCGAGGUCAAUUAUCAAAAUGCUGUGGCGCACAUUCAAUGCGACCUGAUAGCCAGGAACAACAUUGAUCUAGCAUGGGACUUCCUUCGUUUCCAGUCGACCACUUCUUGGUCGACGUACGUGAAGGGCCGCCUGCAUGCCGCUAUGUCAGAAUUUGAUGCUGCGGCAAUCUACUUCCGCAAGGCAGCUUACUUACUCUCUUGUGGUAAGCCUAUGGGCAACCUUUCCGACAUGUCCGCAGAGCUGUUGGACCUCCUCGACGUGGACUGUUUCCACAACGGUCUCGCAAAAUACUACCAGCACAUCCUCUCAAUUUUCGAAAAAGCGCGCUCCUACUCCCACGUCGCGGACUUCGCCAGCCUGGCGCUGCAAGCCCUUGACUCCGAAAGCUGGGCCGAACAAGACGUCGAAUAUUCAACUAUCCGCGAUGACCUUCUAUCACGUCUGUUCACUGGAGCCUUGAAGACUUGCCAAUUCGACCAAGCCUACUCGGCCCUGACCAGGUUACAAGACCUCAAGCUGCAAAGGAGUGAGCUUACUGAACUCAUCUCCACCAUCCUCGCAGUCUCCGGCCCAGGAACUGCCGGUCUCAAACAGAUCCUCCGAUUCCCCACUUCCCUCGUGCCCAACAUCGCCUCUUUCAUCGACGAAAUUCUCGUCCACCUUACCCGCAAGCAGAAUACCAACGUAUCAUGGCUGGACGCAGAUAGCAAAAAAUUCCAAGCCACCCCCGACUACACUCGCAUCCUGCAAGCCUACCGCAUCGCUCGCAGCGACUACCGCGGCGCUGCCGAAAUCGCCUACCGCAACGUCCAAGAACUCCGCAAGGCUCGUGACACAUCAUCAGCCCUCACUCACAGCGGCAAGGAAGUCGACGACGCAGCCCGACCCCCAGUCGAAGAAGACGAUGCGGAAAGCAAGGAAAUCCGCCACGAGCUCCUAUCUCUCAUCAACCUUCUCGCCUGUGUCGAUAAGAGCGAGGCCUACAUUCUCGUCGAAAACGGUCCCCCCAUCAGCACGACCUUCGGAGACGAGCGUCGCGCAAGCACACAUGCCGACGAGGAUGGAAAUGUCUCCAUGGAAGACGCCGAUAAUUCUCCCACCGGUCAACGCACCGCGGCCUUCCACCGCAGAGGCAGCAAGUCCUCCACCAUUGACCGACGCGGCAGUGUCUCCUUUGAAGUCCCUGCUACGAACAAUUUACUUAAGCGUCGUAUCAUCGUGACGCUUGAGCACCUUCGGCGUGAAUUCCAGUCUGAGCUCGAUCGGGUCAGUCGCAUUGAGCGGGGUGAUUGGGAAUUCGGCUUCGAUGAGGAGUUGCAGAAUGAUGAUGACACGAUGGUGCUGUAG